UGCCAAUGUUUUCAAAAGCCCUUUUUCGUGAUGGUCAGUUACACUACCUGUAAGUCAUACUCACGGCAUCGGAGGUUUUACAUACUGAUUGCCUUGGGAAAGCGUUAUGAAUACGACGAACAUAGCCAUUCUCAUCGGCAUAUCCAUGAAAUCGAUACCUGUGAUUUAUCGUUUCGGCCUGGUGUUUCCGCUGAUCGUGGUCAACAACAGUUUGGUGUGUUAUGUCUUUCGGAGCGUCGGAACAGCGGCCGCGGCGGCAAGGUAUCAAGAAGGGAGGAAGGAAUCGUUGCCUGUGUUUCGCCACCCAUUCAGUCAGGAAGAUGAAAGAUCAGGAGGACCUUUAACUCGACCUGUGCUGAUGGAUGGAUCUGAUACACUUUGCUUGGAUCGAGUAUCAGAGGAAAACACCAGGAUUGGCAUGGCGUUGUGAUAUCAUGUGCGUUAACUGAUAGUGUACUACCGGCCCGAUUUACGACCACUAUACCCAUUGAACUGCGCGAAACAUUCCCAGUGUAAACCUCCUCCC